AUGCUCACCCAACCCAUCAACCUGCCAAAAUGGCUUGAAGAAAACUCCCACCUCCUCAAACCCCCCAUCAACAACUACUGCGUCUACAACGAAGGCUUCACCGUCAUGAUCGUCGGCGGCCCCAACGCCCGCACCGACUACCACAUCAACCAAACCCCCGAAUGGUUUUACCAGCACCGUGGCGCCAUGCUCCUCAAGAUCGUCGACCCCACCGACAACAACACCUUCAAGGACAUCAUCAUCCGCCAAGGCGACAUGUUCCUCCUCCCGCCCAACACUCCCCACAACCCCGUCCGCUUCGCCGACACCGUCGGCAUCGUCCUCGAGCAAAAGCGUCCAGAGGGAAGCAUCGACCGGAUGAGGUGGUACUGCCAGUCAUGCAAGGAGAUUGUCCACGAGGCGAGCUUUCACUGCACCGAUUUGGGGACGCAGAUCAAAGCUGCGGUGGAGGCUUUCAAGGAAGACGAAGAGAAGAGGACGUGUAAAAAGUGUGGGGAGGUGGCGGCGUGGAAGCCCGCCGAGGGUAGUCUGAAGGAUCCUAAUUUGGAGGAGGCUUGAUUUUUUGGUGUAUAUUUACUUUUCUACUUGGAGGUUUCUAGCGGUGUAUAUGCAAAAAAUCAUCUGUUUUGGAUACAUGGAAAAAAAAACAUUUUACGUCUCGCCGUACUGGUAAGCACCAGUUGACUCCUCCACCUGAACCUCAAUCUUGGCCUCCUCGAGCUCCUUGCCAUUGAUUCUGAUACCAGCCUUCAUGACGUCGCCGGGAACGACCGGGCCGACGCCCUUGGGGGUGCCAGUGAGGAUGAUGUCGCCUGGGUUGAGGGUCAUGACCUUGGAGAUGUCGCCGAGGAUCUUGGGGAUGCGGAAGAGCAUCAGCUCGGUCGAGUCCUGCUGCUGGACCUUGUCGUUGACGGUGAGGUAGAGCUCGAUGUUAUGGGGGUCGGGAAUGGCCGACUUGUUGAUGACGUUGCUGACGGGGAGGAAGGUGUCGAAGCCCUUGCAGAUGUCCCAGGGGAGGCCCUUCUUCUUGGCUUCGUUUUGGACGUUGCGGGCGGUCAUGUCGAUGCUGAGGGCGUAGCCUUUUUUAUCAUGUGUUAGUUCGAUGGGAAGGGAAGCGCAGAUGAGACGAGAACUGACUGUCAAUGGCGUCGAGAGCGGCCUUGUUGUCAUUCUCAUCAAAGUCUCUGAUGCGCUUGCCGAGGACAAGGGCGAGCUCGACUUCGUAGUGAAGGUCAACACCCUUGGGGCGGACGACCGGACCCUCCCCGGGGGCCAAGAUGGAGGAAGAAGGCUUCAGAAAAAAGAAGGGUUGCUUGGGGCGGGUGUUGUUGAGUUCAGCAAUGUGGUCCCUGUUCAAGCUAGCUUUAGUACUCCUGUUACAAGGUAGGCAUGAGGGAGCACACACGCAUAGUUGCGGCCAAUGCACACGACUUUGCCAGCCUUCUUGAGCGACGCCAUUGUGGUUGCGUUUGUGGCCGUAGCCAAACCUCUCCGGAAGAUCAUCAUCUUCUCUCUUUCUUUUCCCCGCUGGAGAUAACCGGUCUUUAUAUGCAAUCCAAGGUGUCUGUAUGGUAACCCCCCUCUGCAGAGUACCUGCCAAAGUGAGAGAUCCCGUCUUAUGAUGUGAGCUCGGUUCGGGUCAAUUGGUCAAUUGGCUGAGGUUGGAGUAACCAAUCCCAACGACAGCA